GGCUGCUGGUGUAUCAGGUGGGUGGGUGGAAUGGGAUGGUUGCCUGGGAGAGAUUAUGACCUCUCCUGCCUACGCUGUAGUGCUGCGGGGCCCCUGCCAGCAAGGUGUAGAUGCCACCUUGCACCAGGCAGCUUACACAACAGCAGAAACAUCAGUAAACAAAGCUGCCACUACCAACCAGGAAAGGAAGCACGCAGGAGAAACCAUGCAUGAGUGCAUCUCUGUUCACAUUGGCCAAGCAGGAGUUCAAAUCGGCAACGCGUGUUGGGAACUCUUCUGUCUGGAGCACGGCAUUCAGCCAAAUGGCAUCUUCAUCGACCAACCCAACAGUGAUGACUCUUUUGCCACAUUCUUCAGAGAGACAAGCACUAGAAAAUUCGUGCCCCGGGCUAUUAUGGUGGACUUGGAGCAAACUGUAAUAGAUGAAGUGCGAACUGGCACCUACCGUCAGCUUUUCCAUCCAGAACAGCUGAUCACUGGAAAAGAAGACGCAGCAAAUAAUUAUGCACGUGGCCACUACUCUGUUGGCAAAGACAAAAUUGACACGGCAUUAGAUUGUAUCCGCAAGCUGGCUGAUGCCUGUUCUGGGCUGCAAGGUUUCCUGAUCUUCCACAGCUUUGGUGGGGGUACCGGCUCUGGCUUCACCUCCUUACUGAUGGAACGCCUCUCCAAUGAAUAUGGAAAGAAGUCCAAGCUAGAGUUUGCUAUCUACCCAGCCCCUCAGGUCUCCACCGCUGUGGUGGAGCCCUACAAUUCCAUCCUGACCACACACGCCACCCUGGAGCAUUCGGACUGUGCCUUCAUGGUGGAUAAUGAGGCCAUCUAUGAUAUCUGCCACCGAAACCUGGACAUCGAGCGCCCCACUUACACUAACCUCAACCGCCUCAUCAGCCAGAUUGUCUCCUCCAUCACGGCCUCGCUGCGCUUUGACGGUGCCCUCAAUGUGGAUCUGACGGAGUUCCAGACAAACCUGGUGCCCUACCCGCGUAUCCACUUCCCCUUAGUGACCUACGCCCCCAUCAUCUCCUCUGAGAGAGCAUACCACGAGCAGCUCACGGUGGCUGAAAUCACCAGCUCCUGCUUUGAGCCCAACAGCCAGAUGGUGAAGUGUGACCCAAGACAUGGGAAGUACAUGGCCUGCUGCAUGCUCUACCGUGGUGAUGUAGUUCCCAAAGAUGUCAACGUAGCAAUUGCUGCCAUCAAGACCAACAAAUCCCUUCAGUUUGUGGACUGGUGUCCAACAGGCUUCAAGGUUGGGAUCAACUACCAGCCUCCUACAGUUACACCAGGAGGAGACCUAGCCCAGGUUGAGCGAGCAGUCUGCAUGCUGAGCAACACCACGGCCAUUGCAGAUGCCUGGGCAAGGCUCAACCACAAGUUUGACCUUAUGUAUGCCAAGAGAGCUUUUGUGCACUGGUACGUGGGUGAAGGCAUGGAGGAAGGAGAAUUCGCAGAAGCCCGAGAAGACCUGUCUGCCCUGGAGAAGGAAUAUGAAGAAGUGGGAACUGACUCAUUUGAAGAAGAAGAUGAGGAAAAGGAAUCUUAAAAUGCACUGUGCCCUUUCCUGCACAUGAUUGUCUCUGUCUCUUUUUUUCAUGUGGCUGUAUUUCUGCUUGGCUCACACACAUCUAGUCUAUUGCCAUCUUAGUACACUAUAAACAGGAUGAGUUCUCUGCUAUGAGAUCACAAGACAGUAAUGCAGAAUAUAUGACCAUCUAAUCAUUAGCCACUUUGCCUCAGAGGGUGACAGGCUUCAUAUUUUUUGCUAAUUUAUCCUGAAAGGAUCUCUGUCAUCUAUACUAUCAUUUAUUCAAUGCAAAAUAUUACAUUAUACACAUUACUGUAUCUUACAUAUCUAAUAUAAGAUACAGUAAUGUGUAUAAUGUAAUAUUAUUUGAGGAACUCUUGCUUCAAAAUGUCCCAGAUAAUUGCUAUGGACUCUUACGUAAGGAGAAGUUACCUACAGUGCUCAGUCCUUAUUUCAGACUAAUUCGAAACAUACUGUUUGUAAAGCUGUAAGAUGCACUGAGAACUCUGUUGGUGCCAAGAACACACAGCUUGUGCUAGUGCCCUUGCUUCUGCAGAAUCCACAGUGUGGGGUGGUUAGAAGAUAUGAUUUUGGCAGCUGGCAUGAGUAGGGGCACAAUUCAAGUACUCUUUGCUUCAACAGGAGUUUAGAGCACUCUAUGCUCGUGCAGCAACUGUGUAAGAAUCCUAACCGGACUGGUCUGGAGGCACAAGUAGGCUGACAGUUCUGUUGAACUGCUAAAUCUAUGACAGGUCAAGGGCCUUAAAAUGACCAGCUUGUGGCAUGCAGAAGAGAAGCAUUACCAGCUCCAUUGGGCUUACUGAGAUCACAAUAAAUCAGAACCAUGACAAAAAAUGUAUGCGACAGGUAUAGGUGGGAUGUCUAAGAACACCAGCUAUAACUUCACAUCUUAAGUCUUAAUAAGGUAUAUUUUUGUAUAUUUCCAUUGUUUGAGGAUGUUAGAACAAUGUGUUGUUAAGGCAGGCAGGCAGGUGGCCAGGGACGGCCUGCGGUUAAACCAAUGGAAUAACAAGAGAAACUGUUGGAUGUUGCGGACAAUGGAACAGGAAAAGUGGCUGGCCAACCCUAACCUGUGUCUCAACUAAUGAGGUAAUGGCAAGAGAAGCUACUGGGCAUUACAUACAGUGAAAAGAGAGUUUGGGGGACCCCGCCUUGAGUGUAAGAUACCAACAGAAAGUGAAGGGGGUGUUGGCUUACUGAGGGUACUAACUAAAGCUGAAAUUACCAAAUAAAGGUGUCAAAUUAGCAGAA